AUGGUCAUCACCUCUGGGGCGGAGCCCCUUCUUCCGAAUUUGGAGACACUGGAAAUUUCGGCCAAGGUCGCUGCUCUGAAAGACGUAAGCUUGCUUGAGUUCAUUAUCAACAGAAUGGACCCCUCACCCCUCAGCUCGUAUAAGCUCCUAAAACAUGUAAAGGUAGCUUUCUAUCGGAAGAGCAAGAUGAGCAUUGAAGAAGUCGUUCUCAAGCAUGCUAGAGAAGCUGGUAUUCCAAGUAACAUCAAACUCGAAUUGGACUACUCGUUGCCCAGCAAAUCACCGCAAUUAGCCAUCGCCGAAACAAUCUUAAUGACCAGAAAGAAUUUCCAGUUUACUGCGUGGAGUUCUGAUCGUGCCGAUGAAGAGGGUACCUCCAUCACAUCAGGGGUCCCAUUGCUACCACACUUGGAGACACUAGAGAUUUUACCAAUGGUGAAGAUCAACGCGCUGUCAGACGCAAAGCUCCUACAAUUUAUUACCAGCCGGAUGGACCCGUCACCUUCUACACCAACGGCUUUACUUAGAGAAGUGAAUGUCACAUUCCACAACGAGAUGACGCAGAAUAUCCACCAGUGCAUUCGCCAGUAUGCUAAGGAUAAGGACAUUGCGAUCAACACCAAAGUGAAACUAACCUAUCAUAUAACAAUUAACAUGCCAAUAUCAUUCUUGCCGAUGAGGGCAAGCAAUGGUCAGAAGAGGGAAACCGAUAUAUGGUGCAAGGACCACACUGACGAAUAUACGUUAAAGGCAUUGGAAGAGUAUGAUAUUCAUACCGUACCGAAUCAAUGUGUUUUCAAGAUUACAGAACCAAAGACAAGUUUGUAUGAAUGA